AUGAAUUCUUAAAUCGACAGAAAUUCUGAUCCUCCUAAUACCAACGUGAUUUUAGUUGUUAUUACAAACAAAGCUAAUAAAACCUUGCCACAUGAUAAAUAUUAUAAAGUCUUUAGUCCUUUCGGCACUAUUCAGAGAAUGCUAAUAUUCGAGAGAUCUCUUACUUGGAAAACAUUUAUUGAGUUUGAUAACAUAGAAUCAGCAUUCAAGGCGAGAUCGUAGAUGAAUGACAAAUAAUUUUGUGAUGAUACCUCAUUACUAAUGAAUGUCUAUGCAAGCAAACUAACUUAUAUAUCCUUCUAAGAAAACAAUGUGUGGGGUGUUGAUUAUACAAUACCAAGGUGUAAAUAGAAAGAAUAAUCACCACCGAAUGAAGUAAAUCAAUCUUCUCAAUCUUCAAAAUCUAUUUAGAUAGUUCCUUAAUAAAACUUCUAAUUGCUGCAAUCACAAAUGUUAUUUUAACACUAAAUGUCACAACAAAUGCAAUAAAUUAAUACUCUUAUGGGGUAGUUAUAGUAAGUUUGUGUUGAGGGAUUUGCAACUCCUCUAAUGUAAUCUACAGACUUGUUAAAUUAAAUCGAAAAACAACAAUCAAUUUUAAAAGAUAUCCAUGAAUAUUAAUAAACAUUCUAGAAUGUGACUGACAAUUACUAGAAUUUUCUAUAAGGUUUCAACCAAUAAGAUGAACAAAAAUCUAUCAGCAUAGAAUCAAGUAAGAAUGGAAAAUCAAAUAGAAAGAAACUAACAUUGCCAAAUGAUAAGAAAGCUAAAAAUGGAGAUCAAAUUGAGUUCAUCUAAAGUUAUCAGGAAAGUGAUGUUACAAAAGAUAUUAUGUUUCAUAGUUCAGAUAAAUUAAUAGAUCAAGUACAAGUCCAAAAGAUGUAUUAAAGUGAUGGCAGAAGUGUUAAUAAGGCUGAAGAAUUGAAUUUCAAUGGUUUGGGUUUGAGAGACUCAGAAGAUGAAGCUGAUGAUGAUUCCAAUUAAUUUGAAGAAUAAUUAUUGAAUGCUUAAUCUGAUGAUGAGGAUAUCCAUAAUGAUCUAUUCAAAUUCGUUGAUUAAAAUCAAGGAUUUACUGAAAAAGACAGAUAACAAGUGUUUAAGAAAUUGAAUUAAGAUAUGUCAUUUGAUAAAGUUGAUAAUUAAGUAGCUGCUGUAGUGGAGAAAUAAACUCAGAAAAACACCAUUGAAUAAUCUUCCAGGAGUGUUGACAAUAUUGAUUAAUUGAUCAGCAAAGGCAAAAUUAUUUAGAGAUCGAACUAACAGCCUACUUCAAAGAGUCAGACCAUUUAUCAAUAGGCAGAAAAACUUGAUCAAUUUUAAUCUAAAUCCUAAUCCUUUAAAAAUGCUCGUAAAUCUAAAGUAAUCUAUGCAAGAUGGUUUGACAAGAAAGUUGUAACAUCAGCUAUGCUCUAUAAUAUAUUUAGCAUUUAUGGCAACAUUGAUAAAAUGAUAUUCUUAAAGGAAAGAUCAAGUUGUUUGAUACAAUAUGUGUCACAAGAACAUGCUGCUAUAGCCAAGGAAUCUCUCAAUGAUAUCAUGUUUUAUGGAUAAUCAAUCAAAAUCUUCUUUUCCAAUUAUGAAGAGAUCUCUUUGAAAACCUAGCCAACUAAACCAGGAGAGAUCGUCUUUGAUAUAAAAACUCAAGAGGAAUAUUUUUAAGGAAGUGAAGAGACACAUCGAAUUAAACCAGAUUCCACUUACACUCUUGCUCCCCCUUGUGAUACUGUCUAAAUCUCUAAUCUGACUAAGAAUUCUUGUUAAGCUUCCGUUAUGUAAUAAUAUAUGCAAGAUUUUGGAUAAAUUAAGGCCAUUAAAAUUUUGACAACUGGAAACAAAUACUUGUCAAUUAUCAAGUAUACAAGCACCGAAGUAGCACUUACUGUAUUGGCCAACAUGAAUGGUUUCGAAUUGGAUGGAAAACCUAUAUAAAUUAACUUUUCUAAACAAAAAUUAUGA